UGUGUGUAUAAUCAUGGUGAUUUUUUUUUUCAGGAGCAGAAAUGCGCCUGUUCCUUUUCCUUUUGGUAAUAACCCUUAUAGAGGGUUCUCGUUAUAAGGGAGACGGAGCAAUAGAAGGAGGAAAAGGAACCCACAGUAAACAACCGAGAGACAAGAAUGAAAUGGAAAGGAAAGAAACAAAAGUGAGCAGGAAUAUAGGAGUGAGCAAGAGGGCCGAAGGUGUCAAUGUCUUGAUGAAUGACGUCUGUGGAGACCAGAUCACCUUGGGUCACAAUGAAUCUGUUAUAAUCUACAGCAAUAACGAUCGGCAAUCUAGGUCAUGUAAGCUGAAUGUGAAGGCACCUCAAGGCUCCGAGAUCGGCUUUUCCUGUGUAUCAUUCAACAUCUUCAGUGGCAGCUGCAAAACGGAAUCCUUAGAGGUUAUCUAUAAAGUCAAUUCAGAAAAGACCAGCAUAAAGUACUGCGAAGUACGCGAGUCCUCAAGACAUGGCAGAUCCAACACAAAAACUGCGUCUCGAUACAAACGCAAAGACUUAAACAGCCAACCGUUAUUCGGAGAUUCUUCUGCGUAGUAAUUCAA